UCCGGACUCUGGCAGUCUAAGGAACGAGUACAAACUCAAAGAGUUCACCUUCUGGCUCUCCUCAUUCUGCUGAGCAUCGGUGUGGCUGCCACCCUGGGGAGCUGGAUUGUAACGUUCAUGAUUGACGUGCGAAAUGGAGGUCCCUCUUCAGGUUACAUUUCUUCUGGUCUCUCCGGCGGUAUCACUCUUAGUUGUGUCCUCCUUCUGUGGGUGAAUGGGAAGGUUGGCGAGCGUCGUGUCAUUUUCAUCUACAUGCUUAGCAGUCAGCUUCAUCGGCCUGCUCGUGGGGCCCACAUAUCCAAUUGUUAUGAACCAUGCUGGUUGAAUUCUGCCACCUUGGAUCCUGACAGGCGUCAAACAUCGGUAUCAAAAGUCUACAACCUUUCAUCAUCUCGCUGAUGGGCUCUAUGCUCAUUCUUUGGUUCCU